CCAAGCUCUUGUUUUCCGCAUCCACACUCUCGAGAAGUGCAAGUGCAUAGAAAAAUUACGACGCUUGCAAGAGUGAUGUCUGCAGUGCCAGCGUUUGCCUUUACUUUCAUUUCCUUUGUUUCGAUUUUUGUCAUGACAAGGCAAGCAAAGGGUAAAGGCGAUUGGCCUGUCAAGCAUUCCUAAUCAAAGGAUUUUUUUCAGUCACAUUUCAUUGCAGUGUAGAUAACGACAAGACUAACUUGAUUGACUUGGUCAAGCUUGUAAGCGCUGCCAGAAACUUGGUGAAAGUGUGGAAUAAACAUAAUAUAAUGUAAACAAAGGCCUUGUUGAUGUUGUUGUCUUCUCAUUAUUAUUCAAUUCAGAAUUCAGACAAAACAAAAUAUAAUACACAAAUGCGUCGCUUGUCGCUUUUGAGCACGUUGACAAAAAUAUCAUAGGACAGAAUUAACCCCGUUUACUAAACUGGUGACGAUGAUAUUAUUUUCAACACUGUAGACCUGAUUCUCCGUUUUCAUAGUUGAAUAGGCUCUUGCAAAUGAAAUAUACGUGCAUCAUAUUCUUUGUUUUCUGUGGUUGAAUUUUGUUUGAAUGUAUUUCUAAGUUUUUGAUUACGGUACGAAUUUUCGUGAAGAUUAUUUUGAUGAGCUUAUAAAAUAGGCUAAAAAUUCUAAAUCUGUUCUAGUGGGCUUGAAUUUUGAGAUAAAUUGCUAUGAUCAAUAUGCAUUCCGGCAAGAUAAGUUGUAUGUUGAGGAACAGUAUUUCUAAUUCCGCAAUUGAAUUAUUUUCAACUUUUGUAUCAUCGAGCUUUAGAAAGGAAUGUGCGAGCAUAAAAUUUAAACAUCCUAGUAACUUGAUUACAAGAGAGCUUUGUACUCAAUGGACUACAGCAAGGACGCUGACAACUCUGUCUCAGGCUGCAGCAGGUACAGCAGUCAGUAAGGACGAGAAACGGGAGUUCAUGGCUGUAUUCCCCGACAUAGUCAGGGAUCUCACCGAUGCUGGACGCCAUCUUGAUAUACCCGAUGCCACCAAGUGGUACGCCAAAGCGUUGCAGUAUAAUGUUCCCGGAGGAAAGAAAAACCGAGGAAUGGCAUUAGUUCUUGGAUACAAGUUUUUGGCCAAUUCAAAGGAUUUGAGCCCUGAAAAUAUGAGACUCGCUCGAAUUCUUGGAUGGUGUGUCGAAUUGUUGCAAGGCUUCUAUUUGGUGACAGAUGACAUUAUUGAUCAGGCCACAACUAGAAGAGGCAGGCCUUGCUGGUAUCGUAAUCCAGGAGUUGGAUUGACUGCUAUUAAUGACGCUCUGCUUAUUGAAAGUGGAAUAUACCAACUCUUGCGAAGACAUUUUCGCACAAAACCCUAUUAUGUGGACAUUAUUGAACUUUUUCAUGACGUUGAACUGAAAACUAAUUUUGGCCAAGCUCUUGACAUGCUGUCUGAGCAGACCAAGGACUUGAAGCUAGAGAACUUCACAAUGGAUCGUUAUAAUUCCAUAGUCAAGUAUAAAACCGCUUAUUAUACAUUCCAGCUUCCCAUAGCAUUGGCCAUGCACAUGGCGGGUAUCAGUGAUGAAGAGAAGCAUCGUCAAGCAAAAACCAUAUUGCUUGAAAUGGGUCACUUUUUCCAGGUUCAGGAUGAUUAUAUGGACUGUUUCGGAGAUCCAGAAAUAACUGGAAAAAUUGGAACCGACAUACAAGACGGAAAAUGCUCUUGGCUGGUUGUUGUCGCUCUGCAGAGAGCUACUCCACAACAGAAGAAAAUCAUCAAGGAGUGCUAUGGUUGUUCUGAUUUGGAAAAGGUUCAACGAAUCAAACAUCUGUAUGAAGAACUUGGUUUGCCAGCAACCUUCGCAACCUAUGAAGAAGAGAGUUACAAUCUCAUACAAACCCAUAUCCAGCAAAUAUCUGCUGGCCUCUCUCACGAUCUCUUCUUCACUUUACUUGAAAAGAUUUACCGACGUGAGAAUUGAGAUUGUAACCAAUGAGACUAUUAGUAUAGAGAUUACCACUAAUGAUAUUCUAUUAGUAUUGAGAUUACCACCAAUGAGAUUCUAUUAGAAUUGAGAUUAUCACUAAUGAGAUUCUACUAGUAUUUGAUGUAACUCAAGGUCUCUAAAAAGAGGUUUGGAUACCAAUGUUAUUUUUGGAGAAGACUCAAUAUGGUCAUGUGGAGCAUGUGACAUCGGGUGGUGAUUUGAAAAUCUAAUCCAAUUUUAACAAACUCAUCUCUUGGGAGCCUGAUAAGUCUAAUUCCGUCGGAAGACUUAUUAUUAUAAUUCCUUAUUUGAGGUAAGAAAUAUCCCAUUUUUUUCUGAAAAAUAGUACUAUUAUACCAAAAUAAAAAGUAAACAAACCUCAAAACUCAAAACAAGAGGCUAUAUUGAGGCAAGGUGGUGCAAUGCAUCAUCGGGGAUUGUGUCUUGACCUCUUCCUAUAGACCUUGAUAUCACAGUAUUAAUGACCAUCUUUACCAAUUUAGUCAUUAUCAUAAUAUAUAUCCUAGUUGUUGAGUGUAGUAAGAUGUCUUGUACAUUUUUACGUUUCUAUUAAAAUGUCUACUAAUACUAAAUA